CCCAAGCUAUUAAGAUGCGCUCCCUUUAUGCCGGGGGGAAAAAUGCACAACUGAAAGCAUUUCUGUUUUUUUCAUAAGAAGGAGCAAGUAGUCAUAAACAUUAUAAAUUUAUUGAAUAAUACUUGUAUGUCUGUCCUGAAAUUCUACUCUUCUUUAAGCAAUAAUAUACAAAAUAGCUGUAGAAACUGUCUUGACUCAAGUGAAAGCUUUGUACCUGCAUUUCUUAGUUACUCGAAACCCAAAAAGCAAUCACACGUCAUAUUCAAAAUCCGACAACCUUUUUUCAAAUAAAAAAAAGAGUGCGACAAUGGAGCUACCUAUAUGUCUGGUAGAAAUCCUAAAGGAGCAGCUUUAAGUCAAAGCCAUUAUGAAUCACCUGAUGUCGUGGCAUGCUUUGAAAAAAUAGUCAGUCCUUUACUAGCAGAACUUCAGUCUUUGCAAGGCGAUGUCGCUUUUACAGCACGCGAAUUAUCUUUGUUGACGGGUCAAUUGCAGCAAUUUCAACAAGACUGUCUGGGUGCUUUUAAUCGACCUACCAACGCACCCAUCCGUAUUCCAGCCAAACUACUUAAAGUCCAAAAUAAACAAGUGAUCACGCCUGAUUCAGCUAUCUACACUGUGUUGUUGGGUGCUUAUUCGUUCCGAUUAAGACAAGGCUGGAAACGAUGGGAAUUUACCAAUCCCUCUAAAAAACAAAAGAAUGCUGAUCUUAUUCAGUCCAUUCGUAACUUGCUGAUCAAAAGAAGAUUUAUCCAUGUGCCCAAGAUUGCUAUGGUUGAAUCUGUAGAUGAUAACUGUAAAAAAGCCGUUUUGUCCAUGGUGAAAAAGAUUGGAGCUACUUUUGUCCAAGAUAAGAAUGAAGCAACGCAUAUCUUACAUGGGAAACUGCAUGAAUACAACAAGGACGGUAUUGAAGAAGAUUGGUUUAGAACGUUAGAAAAGGAUGGCAAUAUGGUGCUUGUACACUGGUGGUAUUACCCUGAUUCGUUUGACAGCUGGCUUCCUCAGACACAACAGUUUGCAGAUCCUGAAGAACCUCCUGAGCAUACUGGACCAUGGCGUAUCAAUGUGAGAUGGUUGCAAGACACUGUUCGUUUCAAUGAAUUCAUGAAUGAAGAAGAUUAUGAAGAUUUAGAAGAGGAGGAAGAGGAAGACGAAGAAGAGGACGAUGAAGAAGAGGAACAAGAGAUCACUCAUAAGCGAAAACGUUCAAUGGAUUCAGUCAACCAAAUCUCUUUUAAAGAACCUUUAUUGGCAACCUCCAUGCAGCAACAACAGCAGCAACAAGAACAACAGCAGCAGCAAGAACAAGCUAUUUUGCCUCCUUUACACAACCCAGGCCAUCAACCUGUUGUUCGUCAGCGCAAUAUUGAAUUAGAAAGACCUCAAGUAGGCAGUCGACAGAGAAAGAACGAAUUUGAACCCUAUUUAAAUGGGGAUAUGACCAACAUCUCACAAUACACAGCAGAACAUGUAGAAUACCCAAAGAGACGGAAGAUACAAAAGACAGAAGAGAGUGGACCCAUAAAUAUUAUGUCUCUUGUCACUGCUAUGCCUUAUGGGGAUGAAUUGAGCUGCCCAGCAUGGUUUAGUAUGGACAGUAUUCAUGCUAUGGAGAAAUUAGCUUUACCCGAAUAUUUCACAAAUCAAGCCGGAUUGACCCCAGAAGAGUAUAAAGAGUGUAGAGAUUAUAUGAUUACUAUCUACAGAUCCAAUCCAGACUAUUAUUUGACUGUAUCAGCUUGUAAAUCCAAGCUAGACAAAGACCUUGUUCAACUUGUUCGAAUCCAUUCUUUCCUUGAAUUGAACCAAUUGAUUAAUUCACAGUGCGACCCAAGAAGAAGAAUAUUUGAUCCUUAUAUCGACAGUAACCCUAAAGCACAAGUACAGCCAAAAUCACAACGCGACUUUAAAGACGCUGGUGAUGCCAACAUUGAAUAUCUACGUGAUUUGAUCUAUAAUGAAUCCAGUGUGUCUAAACAAACCUCUUGGGAUUUGGAUAUUCAAGACCCACUUAACCCAGAUGGUCGCAAAACAUUCCAUUGUUCAAACUGUCAAGUCGAUUGUAGUGAAGUCCGUUAUCAGUCGCUAAAGACAAAGAAUUUUCAGGUCUGCAUUGAUUGCUUUUUAGAAGGCCGUUUCCCUGCAGCAUUCUCAAGCAGUGAUUUUUUACGCGUAGAAGGUCUUUCUGACAUCAAUAUGGACGAAGAAUGGUCAGAUCAAGAAACACUGCGGUUAUUAGAAGGCGUUGAUAAGUUUGAUGAUGAUUGGCUUAUGAUUUCUGAGCAUGUUGGUAGUCGAUCUAAAGAACAAUGCAUUACUCAGUUUUUGCAAUUGCCUAUCAAUGAUGCCUUCUUGACUGCCAAACUAUCUCAAAAAGAGGCUCAAGAAUUACCUUUUAGUCAACAACCUAAUCCAGUCAUGACUACAGUGGCAUUUUUAUCAGGUCAUGUCAAUCCCGGUGUAGGUGCCGCUGCUGCCAAGACGGCCCUGAAAGAAUUGAUUCAGUCUGGGCAAGACCAGUUUUCGGAACAAGUAAUGCAAAAGGCUCAAGUGUCUGCUCUUAAGAGUGCAGUGGAAAAUGCACAUAAAUUAGCUAGUUAUGAAGACCAAGAAAUACAACAUUGGACUCGAUUGGCAGUCAAGACCAUGGUUGAUAAAUUAGCAUUUAAAAUACAACAAUACGAUGAAUUAGAGACAUCCCUUGUUAGUGAAUUACAAGAACUAGAGAAGCAACAAGGUACAUUGGCCACUUCUAUUGAAACACUUACUUCACAGCGUGCGAGUACAUCCAAUACUGUCACAACCAUUUUAAAUGGUAAUUUAAACAGUUAAAAAAAAUAUUUUAUUGCAUCAUGUAUAUUGUCUUUUCUUAAAUAAACAAAAAAAGAACCUUGGUUUAUAAUGUAUAAA